AUGAUUAAUUUUCUGAUAAAAAAAUAUCUUUUUAUUCCUAGGUAUGUGAGCGCGAUCAAUAUUCAAUUACCAAACGAUUAUAAAUUUCAUCUACACUUUGUCAACGACAAAGCGUUGCUGUCCAGCGAAUUGUUGAAGUGGUCCCACAUCUUUUCACGAAACUCUAUCAUCGAAGAAGAAUGUCAAUCGCCGAUCUUUUCGUUUGGAUAUGCAGCUCACAAUGGACCUCAUACCUGGAAGAUGUUUUAUCCAGAGAGUACUGGUUACAAUCAAUCACCAAUCAAUAUCACCACGACCAUUGCGAUCGGGGAAUACGAUAAUAUCGAAUGGAUCGGUCACAAUACAGUACCCUGCUCAAUGAUCAUGGCAAACGAUGGAAAUUCUGGUACAAUAGAUAUUCGAUUUUAUAUUCUAACGAAUCGCGAAACAAGUUAUAAUAUAGUUAUAGUCUGUGGUACUUGGUGUGGCCGUGCACAUCCCUUCAUCAAAGGAGGUCCUUUAACCGAUACAUACAAUUUUCAUUCGAUGAUGUUUCAUUGGGGUCCAUCGGAUAACGAAGGAAGCGAGCAUACAAUCAAUCACGUCCGAUAUGCCAUGGAAUUGCAAUUCAUUCACGUUAAACGUGGCUUAUUUUCACCUCUCCAGGCAGUUUUAUUAGGCGCAAAGGACGGAGUAGUGAUCGUGUCCUCAUUCUUUAACAUAAUGCCUGUUGACAAUCCUUAUUUGGAUUGCAUAGUAACAAAUUUGAGAUACAUUACGCAACCCGGUAGCAAAGUGUAUAUACCACCUUUUCCUCUCUCAUGGCUACAUUAUACGGAAGGAAGGAAUUACUACGCCUAUCACGGUUCCUUGACUCAACCACCCUGCAGCGAAAUUGUCACUUGGCUUAUCGAUCCUCUUCCAGUAGCAAUUUCCUCGAAUCAGGUCGCACAAUUUAGAGAAAUCUGUUCGAGCGAUGGAUUGCUUCUAACGAAUUGCAGACCGGUUCAAUACUUGAAUGAACGUGACGUUUAUCAUUACGCGUAGCCUUCAGAGAUUUUUUUUUAGUAAGAUAUUACUUUUAAUUAUACGUACCAAUCUAGAUGACCUUUUACGUUUUAAUUCCUUUCAGACUGUCUUCCUCGAUUAAUGCGAGCAAUUUUGCUCGAAAUGCAAAUUCCUAUGAGAGUUAAUAAGGGAUAAAGUAUUAUGGUUUACAUUUAUAAUGUCAUAUAUACUAUAUACAUAAAUAUUUUUUACUAAAUAUACAAUGUAGAAAAUAAAAACGAAAUGAAAUAUACAAGAGUACUUUGCGCGCUACGUUCUCGAAAGAUAAAUGGGCUCUUGUAUUGUCAUGCCUAAUAAAACAUUUUAUUACUCUCUUACGACGUACAAUAACAUUUCUACGAAUGUGACAUACGUUCAGAGAAACAUACAGCUUAUACUUUCGAACGGGAAAUACAUACAUACGAAAAGAUUCUUUGAUUUGACACGAAAACUGAAAUAAACGAUGCGACGAGCUACCAAAGAUAUUUUUCUAGUAUAUGUAUAUACGGAUAUUGUUAAUGUAUACUCACUUAUCGCUGCAAAGUCGAGUUUUAAAUAAAAGUGUGUAUAUAUAUAUAUAUAUAUAUAUAUAUAUAUAUACAUAUAUAUAUAUGUAUAUAUAUGAGCGAUGGGUCAGCUAAUCUUGUAUCUCCAAUUUUGUUCUUACUUUCAAAGGAAAAAAAUUAUUUUUGGAUAAUAGUAUAGUGAAAAAUAUGAAAUGUAUCUGAAAGUUACAGGGAAAAAGAAAAGUAUUAGCUAACUCACCCUUAUUAUAAACGAUUCCAUUGGAAUUUGUAGAAAAUAGUAUAAAAGAGAGUAUAAUGAAA